UUAGUACACAGUACGCUGUUGGAGAUAAACAUGUCUGCCAUUUCUAGGAAUCCAUAACUGCAUCUGAAAAAUAUAUUCUACACUUUAAACGUAAAAAAAGUCUUUAAUUUCUACAAAAACACAAUGCCAGGAACAGAGGCUAGUUCUUCUCAUUCCCCAACAUCAUGUGCUCCAGAACACAAGAAACUACGUCAAGAUACGGACCUGAAAGCAUCAAAGUCAAUAACAGAGUCAUUGGCAAUACCAUUGGAAGGUGCGGAGAAAGUUAAAACAGUUUACGGCAUGCUGGUUGUGCUCGGCUAUAAUGGCAAGAAUCCUAAUGCUCGCCACGUGCGACAGAAGAGUAGCUAUACCUUAAUGAAAAAGAAAACCUUUACCGGAGUGAAACCUUACAAGCAACAUCUUGCCAGUUCAGCAGCAGGCCAACAGGCAAUGCAAUCCAACAAAUCCCAUAGUGUUUCAUAUACUCUUGAAAGAGGAAAAUCUGUUGUCGUCGAGUACUGUAAGGAUGAAAACUCUGAUAUGUUUCAGAUUGGUAGGUCAUCAGACAGUAAGAUAGAUUUUGUAGUCCUAGACACUAUCCCUGGUCCCAAGCAGCCUGACGCUAUACCUGAUAUACAGAAAAGCACAAUAUCAAGAUAUGCUUGCCGCAUCACAGUGGAUCGCAAUCCACCACAUACAUCUCGAGUCUUUGCUGCUGGCUUUGAUAAAACCAAUAAUAUAUUUUUGGGGGAAAAAGCUGCAAAAUGGCAGAAUGCAUUUGGGAUGAUGGACGGACUAACAACAAACGGCAUCCUACACAUGAACCCCAAAGGUGGACCAAACUGUCCAGCUGGCAUCUGGCGCGAGAUAUCUGUGUGUGGGAAUAUUUAUGGCUUAAGGGAAACUCGGUCCUCAGCAGUAAGAGGCAAACCAAUGGCAAUGGAAUCCAAUGUUUUAAUGGAUGGAUCCCUCAUAGAUUUAUGCGGAGCUGUUCUGAUGUGGAGGACAUCUGAAGGAAUGAAGGCAAUACCUACUGAAGAAAUGAUUGAUGGAAUGCGACAGCACCUGAAUGCCUCCCGCCCCCAGUGCCCAGUUGGUUUGACGACACUUGUUUUCCCUACAUCAUCCCAGUCUACACAAUCAUUAGGUCGGCAACCUCAUGUUUACAUCAAAUGUGGACAUGUACAUGGUUUUCAUGACUGGAGUGGCCCAAAAAAUGACGGCAUUGAUGAAAAAACCAGGACCUGUCCAAUAUGUCGACAGGCAAGCAAUUAUGUGCCAUUACAAAUUGGAAAUGAAAGAGCAUUCUAUGAAGGAGAAGUUGUACCAACUCAUGCUUUUGUUCCCUGCGGACAUGUUUGCUCAGAGGCCACAGUCAGGUUUUGGUCACAGAUUCCGAUUCCCCAUGGUUGUGAUGCGUUUCAAGCUAUUUGUCCAUUUUGUGCCUUACCCCUGGAGGGUGUGGAUGGAUUUGUCAAGCUUAUAUUCAGUACCGAAAACUAACCCAAUUAUGAUAAAUACUAUAUAUUACAAAUAACAAAUAUAAUGAUAUGAAUAAUUUAAGAGCAUAUUUAUUUGUACAGGUAAAUAUCAAUGAUAAGUAUUUCAGUCUGGAUUUGUUAACUAAAUAGUUUCCCAUUAUUGGAUUUUAAAGAAAAAAGAAAAUAAUUGAAUGUACAAGUACUGUUGUCUGCAAGUGAGAGUGCUUUUUUGGUGUCUUUCUUGGUGUAGCAAGCUUUAUUGUAUUCUGUGUUAGGGUUUUCGCAAUACAGGGCAUUGUUUAGCUCCAAACUUAUGUUUUGGCUAUCGUUUUAUUCUUCAUGGCUCAGGUGCCCUGCAACACCAAGAAAGAAGCAUUUUUCCUUACACAUUCACCUCAUUCCCAGCUUUUUAAAACAGACUUGAAUUUCAUCAACUUAGGUAUUCAAGCACUUCAAAAUUAUAGUGGUAGUGGUUCUGCUACCCACAAUAGUUGCAAAGUUCAGUACCUUAGUGCAAGUUUAGGUACUCCUAUACCAAGCCUAAUACUGCAUGAUAACUGGUAUAAUCCAUUGUAUACUGUAAAUAUCUAAAGCAACUUUAUUUAUUUCAUAAUUUGUCAGUCAUGAAUUCUUUUGUAAAUUGAUUAUUGGUCUAGCGAAAAGUUUUUAUUUGUACAUAAUAAACAUAUAGUAUACAUGGAAUAAAAUACUACAGUUUUUACAACA